GCGAGGAGACGCACUCCACUGCAAGUAAGCGAGCAUUACGCCAUCCUCCGGUAACGUGACGCCGUGUCGGACUGACAGCAGUUGAACGCUGUGCCCAGUCAGAUUUGUGCAUCUGCUGGCGCUGGUGGGAGGACGGCGGAGCUGCCUGCAACGCACUGCGAUGCAGAGACGGGGGGGAAGGAUGCGAUGCCAGUGUGAGCCGCGCUCCUGAAGCCGCAGCGGCAGCAGUCGCCGCCUCCGGUGCGGACAGAGCGCAGGGAGGCGGUGUUGGAGUUCUGGCGCACACCUCUGGACGCUGCCGCCGAAGAGGGCCCGAGUGUCUCUGCAGCACCGCAGCUUUUCACGGGGACACCGUCCUGAUACGUGACUCUGAGCCCAAAGCUGGCCAGGCUCGGGAUCUGAGAGGGAGGGGGCCCUGGCGCGGCACCCCGCCCGUCUCGCGUCGUUUAGACUGCAGGGAUAAAGACCUGAACCGUAGAUUUCCCCGAGCAGGUGUUGGUGGCGGCGCUGUCACUGGCACCGACGCUUUCCCUCGACCCGCACCUCUGCGCCAAAGCUCCAGGUUCUACAGUGGUGCCCGCGGCUGGUUCGUGGUUCCGUUGGGUUUGAGGAGCUGCUGUGAGGUCAGCGCCUCCAUAGGCUCCUCUCUGCUGAGUCAGAGAGUCCAUCAGCACCAUGCGUCCUCACCGUGACCCGCCCAGCUUCUCCUAGGUCAUCAGUGAGCACACAGCAUGCGUCCCUCCCUCGCCACGGCGGUCCUGCCGCCCAGGACCCGGUCCCACAACCCGCCCAACCUCGCCGUGGGCGGCCGCGAACACCUGUCAGCGCCACGGAGGCGCAGCCCCAACCUCAGGCACACGCUGAGCCCGGAGAACCUGCGGACACUGGCGGAGAGGGGCGGCGGCGCUGCUGACACCGCCUCCGUCAUCAGCGGCCCGAUUGGGCUUCCACGGGCCAACAGCGACACGGACCUGGUGACCUCCCAGAGCCGGUCCUCGCUAACGGCGUCCACUCUGGAGUACUCGCUGAACCACGGCCAGAACCUCGUCAUAUCCUGGGACAUCAAGGAGGAGGUGGAUGCUACUGAUUGGAUUGGGCUGUACCACAUUGAUGAAACCAGUCCGUCCAAUGUGUGGGACUGUAAGAACAGAGGAGUGAAUGGCACCCAGAAAGGUCAGAUCGUCUGGAGGCUGGAGCCCGGGCCCUACUUCAUGGAGCCUGAGACCCGGAUCUGUUUCAAGUACUACCAUGGCGUCAGUGGAGCCCUGCGAGCCACAACACCCUGCAUCACAGUGAAAAACCCAGCCGUGCUGGUGGAGGGGCUGACGGAGCAGGUGGGCGUGGAACAUCCGCGGAAGCUGAUCAGCUUCACUUUGACGGACCUUCGAGCCACCGGCCUGAAGAAGGGCAUGUUCUUCAACCCAGACCCGUACCUGAAGAUGUCCAUCCACCCGGGGAAGCGGAGCGUCUUCCCGGUCUUCAGCCAUCACGGGCAGGAGCGCCGCUCAGCCAUCAUCGCUAACACCACCAACCCCGUGUGGCGCGGAGAGAAGUACACGUUUGUGGCUCUGAUGACCGACAUCCUGUACAUCGAGGUGAAGGACAAGUUCGCCAAGAGCAGACCCAUCAUCAAGCGCUUCCUGGGCCAGCUCGCCAUCCCUGUCCAGCGGCUCAUUGAGAAGAUUUCGGGCGUUCAGCCCGUGAGCUUCUCUCUGUGUCGCCGCCUGCCCACCGAGCAUGUCAGCGGCCAGCUGCAGUUCAAGGUGGAGCUCACGUCCACCGGCCCGGACGGUGCUUCUCCUGAUUCCAUCAUUGGCAUUUCCUCUUUGAACGGAGCUCCGGGGACUCCGUCCGAUGACGAGGACCUGCCACAUAACUUGCCUGGGGUGGUUUCUGCGGGGCCUUCGCCUACAGGCUCCCAGGGGUCUCAAGGCAUGUGGGAAGGUGGAGCCACAGCUUGUCCAGAGAAGGAGCUGUCCUACGUCAGACCGGAGACUAGGUUUGUAGAGCCUGAAAGCCUGGCUGGCCAUGAAAUACUGCAGAGGUCACUGAGCGAGGGCCUAGAUGCUAUCGAGGCCCCCAAGGGUCCCGGGGACAGACCCCUGGGUGCAGCUUCGCCCAAACUGCGCUGCAGCUUCCCCACACACACGAGGCUCAGCGCCAUGUUGCACAUAGACUCAGACGAGGAUGAGGAGAGGUCCGGGGCCGCGGACAUAACCCCAGUGCCGCUGUCCCCGCUGCUAAUGAACGGGGACCCUCCGGAGGCCGGCGGCCGGGAUGAGGAAGACUCGUUUCCUGAGCUCAAGCAGGAGCCGGAGGAGGAGCCCAGGGACGAGUGCUCCCCGGCAGCAGAUGAGCCCCCUGAGGUGGAGGUGGCCCUGGAGGCGGAGGCAGGGCUGGACCUGGAGGACAUGCUAGAGCCGGAUGUGUUCUCUGAGGUGGAGGAAGCUCCGUUCACGGAGGGUGGAGAGGUGGAGGACGGCAGGGUGGCUGCUGAGGACCUGUCGUCAGAGGUCGAUACCAUGGCAACGGCUCCACAGACGGCCUUUUCAUUAUCAGAAAGCUGCCCAGUCACACUGACCGUUGCUGCUGAAGUGGAGGAGGGGGCAGAGACGGCCAUAGAUCCGGGGGGAGGCGCCGUUUCCAGCACCUCACCCACCAGCGGCGCCGUGGAGGACGAAGGGGGCGAUCGCGCUCCUCAGGCCGGAGGAGCAGCUCCAGCAGGUAGCGAGCAGCAGGAGGCGGAGGUGGGAGUAAGGAGGCUGAGCCUGCAGGCUGCCGGGGGCACGGCCGAGGGGGAGGGGGAGCAGAGAAAGCCGCCCAUGGACCCAGAACCUACCUCUACGGAAGCAGAGCGGGAGGAAGGUUCCCAUGUCAACGGCCACCCUGUCCGUUCACUCCCUUCUGUACGUCAUGACAUUCACCGGUACCAGCGUGUGGACGAGCCUCUCCCUCCCAAUUGGGAGGCUCGCAUCGACAGCCAUGGCAGGAUCUUCUUUGUGGACCACGUGAACAGAACCACCACUUGGCAGCGUCCUACUGGACCUCCUGCCCCACAGGGCCUGACCCGCUCCAGCUCUAUUCAGCAGAUGGAGCAGCUCAACCGCAGGUACCAGAGCAUCAGACGGACCAUAACCAACAGUGAUCGGACAGAGGAGAGCUCGGUGGACCUGCUGCCCGACCCAGAGACUGAGCUGAUGCCCCACUCCAUUUCUGAGUACCGGAGAGAAAGUGCAGUCGCUCACGCAAGUGGUCGCUCUCGUCUCUCCCUGCUGCUCCAGUCGCCGAGCGCCAAGUUCCUGUGCAGCCCCGACUUCUUCACCGUGCUGCAUUCAAACCCCAGUGCCUACCGCAUGUUUACGAGCAACACCUGCCUGAAGCACAUGAUCAGUAAGGUGCGCAGGGACGCUCAUUACUUCGAGCGCUACCAGCACAACCGCGACCUCGUCACCUUCCUCAACAUGUUCUCCAACAAGCAGCUAGAGCUUCCCAGAGGGUGGGAGAUGAAGCACGAUCACACUGGGAAGCCCUUCUUUGUGGAUCACAACUGUCGAUCUACGACCUUCAUUGACCCACGGUUGCCCCUCCAGAGCUCCCGCUCCACAGGGCUGCUCGCCCAUCGCCAGCAUCUGAGUCGCCAGCGCAGCCACAGCGCCGGGGAGUGCCUCCUUUUGUCACAGGUAGUGGAUGACUCCCGGCAAAACAACCUGCCGAUCACGCCGCGUCCCUCCAGCACCUUCAGCGGCUCCAGCCGGAGUCAGUACCACGACGUUGUUCCUGUGGCCUACAACGACAAAAUAGUGGCGUUUCUACGGCAACCCAACAUCUUUGAGAUACUGCAGGAAAGGCAGCCGGAGCUAGCCAGGAACCACUCUCUCAAGGAGAAGGUGCAGUUCAUUCGCAGUGAAGGGGUCAAUGGGCUGGCUCGUCUCUCCAGUGACGCGGACCUCGUCAUGCUGCUGAGCUUGUUUGAGGAAGAGGUGAUGUCAUACGUGCCGCCGUUGCUUCACCCAGGUUACUGCCUCUCUUCUCCUCAGAGCUCCCCUGGCACCCAGCGAGCCAACGCCCGCGCCCCCGCUCCCUAUAAGAGAGACUUUGAGGCUAAACUGAGGAACUUUUAUCGAAAGCUGGAAACCAAGGGUUAUGGUCAAGGACCAGGAAAAGUCAAGUUGAUCAUACGCAGGGACCACCUCCUGGAGGACGCCUUUAAUCAGAUCAUGUGUUACUCUCGUAAAGACCUGCAGAGGAGUAAGCUCUACGUCAGCUUUGUGGGCGAGGACGGACUGGACUACAGUGGACCCUCCAGAGAGUUCUUCUUCCUGGUGUCCAGGGAACUGUUCAACCCGUACUAUGGUCUGUUUGAAUAUUCAGCCAACGACACGUACACGGUCCAGAUCAGCCCCAUGUCUGCGUUUGUAGACAACCACCAUGAAUGGUUUCGCUUCAGUGGCCGGAUCCUGGGCCUCGCUCUUGUCCAUCAGUACCUGCUGGAUGCCUUCUUUACCCGACCCUUCUACAAAGGGCUUCUCCGGAUCCCGUGUGACCUCAGUGACCUGGAGUUCCUGGAUGAGGAGUUCCACCAGAGUCUCCAGUGGAUGAAGGACAACGACAUUGAAGACAUGCUGGAUCUCACCUUCACUGUCAACGAGGAGGUUUUUGGACAGAUCACAGAGAGAGAGCUAAAGCCGGGUGGGGCCGGCAUCCCCGUGUCUGAGAAGAACAAGAAGGAGUACAUCGAGCGCAUGGUGAAGUGGCGCAUAGAGAGGGGGGUGGCGCAGCAGACGGAGAGCCUGGUGCGGGGCUUUUACGAGGUGGUGGACGUGCGGCUCGUGUCUGUCUUCGAUGCGAGGGAGCUGGAGCUGGUGAUUGCAGGCACCGCAGAGAUUGACCUGGCCGACUGGAGGAACAACACAGAAUACAGAGGAGGUUACCAUGACAACCACAUAGUGAUUCGCUGGUUCUGGGCAGCUGUGGAGAGAUUCAACAAUGAGCAGAGGCUGAGGCUGCUGCAGUUCGUCACAGGCACGUCCAGUAUUCCCUACGAGGGCUUCGCCUCUCUGCGGGGCAGUAACGGACCUCGCAGGUUCUGUGUGGAGAAGUGGGGAAAAAUCACCUCCUUACCCAGGGCUCACACUUGUUUUAACCGCCUGGACCUCCCUCCCUACCCCUCCUUCUCCAUGCUCUACGAGAAGCUGGUCACGGCCGUGGAGGAAACCAGCACGUUUGGUUUGGAGUGACCUCAGAACAAGCUGGCACCACAUGUAACUCAGAACAGAGACAUCUGGAAAUCUUUUUCACUUUUCUCCACUGGAAUGAUACUGAAACUGAAAACAGUCUCCUCAAAUGGCAACUAAGCGCCCGAGGCUAACGUUCUGUGUUGUUCCUCUGCCUCUGUGGGUGAAGAGAACUGUCUGAGAGGCAGAAGAUGGUUUGAACGCGUGUAUAGUACACACUUGUUUUCACAGUAAGCUUUACUCGUUGAGCCACAUGCGUGCUUUAUCUCCUCAGUUAAUGGCCUUGGUUACUGGAUUUCUUGUGCACCUCCUCCUCCCCGCUCCUCAGAGACAGCUGCUCCCUUCUUCUUCUCCUUCUCUGGACCUCCAAACUGUGUCCUUUCCACACUGGGGCUGCAGCAUUAGAAACUGUAACACACACACACAGACACAGCAAGAACCUCUGCACAAAACUCACAACCACGGGCCCUUUUUAAUGACCAGUCAAACCCCCCUCCACCCCAGACAGCUUAUCAGCCUAAAAGGACUUUUGGUUGGUCGUCUACUUCAGUCUGAAGGUGGGAGACCCAUUGGUUUACGCAUUUAUUUUCAAUGAAUGAGCCAGACCGUAAAUCAGUAACACAUUCACGGCCACUGAGCCACUGUAAUAACGACAGCAGGUUGUAGUCAGGACUGUUAGCUUCAAUAAUACAACAUCUGCUCUCUGACAGGAGAAAAGCUAGAGACGCAUGUGACAUAAGCAACCUUGACACCUAGUACCACAUUCACACAAACGCUGUCCAGUUCAUGGCACUUUGUUACGCUCCAGUCUAGUUCACUGACAGAAACCCUGUAUUGGUCCUUACAUUCGUCAUAAGCUCUAGAUGCACAUAGACAGAUGACGCCGCUCAUCGGUGUGACACGCAGGGUCACUGAUGUAAACGCCUCCCACCCAGUGAGAGUGAUGAAUGUACUUAGUCGGUGACUGAAUGUAUGAACCUCAAGCAGUUUUGUUCAGCCCCAGUGAAAGACCUCACAGGCCGAAGAGGAAACAAACUAAAGUUAAAGUUGAACGCUGAAGGAAGUCUAAUGUAUAGUUGCUGGAAUAAGGACUCGUUGGUGUGUCAGGGGAAGUGGUGCCAUGUUUUAGUGCCUCCUGGGUUUUCCUGACCAUGAAAUGACAUUUCAUGAUGGAUGCAGGAAUUUAUGUAUUUUUCUUACCAUGUAAAAUUGAGAUCACAUCCGUGUGUCUCACAAGAUGAUGCAACUGUGAGAGCUGUGGUUUAAAGCUGUAAGGCUCCGUUAAGGCUGCUGUGUCACCGCUUCAAAGGAACGAGUAAACGUUUGAAAGGGCACAAAGCACGUUUCAAACACUACAGAGUCUGCAAGUCAAGCAACUCUUCCAUCUGUUGUCAGAACCCGGGAUAAUACUGUGCAGAAAGUCACUGGCCACUUCACUGGGUACAGUUUGAAUCAGGCCGAUACACCAACUCUGCCAAGAAUUCUGCUCCCUGAGUAAGCGGUUUGAAUUUUUCCUCCCCUUCUUUAAACAUGGCGGACAAAGCAUUGGAACCAUCCCCAUCUCACUCACUGUGACCUGAGUAACAAACAUUUCAUCACCUUUCUGACAGCUUCAACUGAGGAAUUAUAAGGUUACAACAGUAGAGGUGAUGGCAGAGUUGUUGUACUGGAUUGAAUUGGACCCCAGAGUCCCAUGCAUCUUUGUUGUUUUCUUUUUUUUUGAGUCCUAAGCUAAGAGAACUCAGAUUCUGCUUUUAUAUUAUAGAGUAUUUGCUCUCUGGUUUUACCAUCAAUCGUUGACUUGCAAACAAAGUAGUUCUUGAAAUUUGUUUUGUGGUCCUUUGUUACGGUUCAACUUUUUGCUGAAGAACCUGAUAAAUUGUGAUUAUGAUCUCGCCGGGAUAAACAUUAUCCUGGAUGGAUUCUCUACUUUAGAACCUUUAGUCAGACAAUAGUGUUGUCUUGAAAGCAUGUGAUAGAACAUUCUGUAACUCUUAACUGCACAAUCUAAAGCCUGAGGACAGGUCCUUUCUAACUGUGACUCUGUCUCCCACGCACUCCUUCCUCCCACACACAAAAACACACAAAAACAAGCAUACCCAUGUUCUAUGGGGUGCAUGCAAUAUGACAUCUAUUGUACAAAGUCCUCUUGGAGGUAGACCACGGGGCUGGAAUAGCGCUAGAGAGCCCCCACACGUGAUGCCAGGUAUGGAGGCAGACCUUCGUACCCCAUCCCCUCUCCUCCCCCAGCCAAAUACUGCAUGCAGGACCUUCUUGGUCAGCUCUGUGAGCUGCGCCAGGGCUGAACCCCCUAGGUGGUGUUGUGUUAUAGCUCGAUAUUGCAUGCUGAAAUAGUGCAACACACUGUCCUUACUAGCUUUUUUUGCAUGAGAUUAUUGCUGUCCGUUCAGAAAAUGGGCGAGGGACCUGGUUCAGUUUUGUCACUUUGGCUGUAGCGCUCAUGGAGGCAUGUGCUUACCUGCCACUGUCAUACCCUUAAGUGUUCAUGACCAUUGGAACAAGGUGUUACACACCUGCUUUAGUCACAGAGAGGUUUUAGCUCUGGGAAUGGACACUGUGUAAAUGCAAUAGUUUGUUUCUCUCUGACAGUGUAAUGGUGAGUGUCUUGGCAGCAUGUUUCAAAAUGUUCCUUUCACACGUGUGCGUCUGCCUAUAGGUUGAUGGUUCAGUUUCAUUGCUCAUGAACUGGUGAUGACUUGAUAGGGCUGUUUUGAUUUUGUGAAACGUGAGAGCACAUGUUCGUGUAUCAUGUGUGCAGUCUUGUUUGUCUCUUUGUAUAUAACUCUAUAUGUAUGUCUGUCCUGUUGUGUGUAUAAAUAUAUAUUUUGCACCGAAUGUACCAAAGGUUUGGGGCUUGCAGAGUCAACCAUUAGGCCUGCUUUGUAUUUCACAGACACAUCCCACGUCUGGGGCCGUCCAGAUCCUCACAGAGCAUCACCUCAUGUUUGUGGCAUGAACAACACUGCUUCACUACAGGAUAUGCAUCACUAGGUCGGUUUGUCAUUUCCAAAGCUAUUCUGCAGCAAAAGACACAUAAGACUGAUUACCUACUUCACAUCCAAAGGAAGACAGUGUCACCUGUCUUCUUUCCAGCACAUUUCAGACAAAACCCAGCUCCAGUUUUCAGAAAUCCACUCUAUGCAAAGCUCCUGUACGUGUGUCUCAUUUCACCCAAUGAUUGUAAUAAAAGAGAACAAAUGGUAAA